GGGAGGAAGAGAAGCGGGCCCCAAGAUGGCGCCUCCGGCUCCCGCCUCCGCAGGCUCGGGGGACGUGGACGAGCUGUUCGAUGUGAAGAACACCUUCUACAUCGGCAGCUACCAGGCGUGCAUCAACGAGGCGCAGCGGCUCAAGCCUUCCAGCCCCGAAAAAGAAGUGGAAAGGGACGUCUUCUUAUAUAGAGCAUAUGUUGCACAGAGGAAAUAUGGUGUUGUGCUGGAUGAGAUCAAAGCCAACUCCUGCGCUGAGCUCCAGGCAGUGAGGAUGUUUGCUGAGUACCUUUCCAAUGAAAACCAAAGAGAUGCCAUCGUGGCAGACCUGGACCGAAAGAUGGCAAACAGUGUUGACGUGGCCAAUACGAACUUCUUGUUGAUGGCAGCAUCCAUCUACUUCCACGAUAAAAACCCCGACUCAGCUCUGCGUGCGCUACAUCAGGGGGAGAGCUUGGAGUGCAUGGCUAUGAACGUGCAGAUCCUGUUGAGUCUGGACAGGCUCGAUCUGGCCCGAAAGGAGUUGAAAAAGAUGCAGGAGCAAGAUGAAGAUGCGACGCUCACCCAGUUGGCUACUGCCUGGGUUAAUCUGGCUAUGGGUGGUGAGAAGCUGCAGGAUGCCUAUUACAUCUUCCAGGAGCUGGCAGAUAAGUGCUCCUCCACCCUGCUGCUGCUCAACGGCCAGGCCGCCUGCUACAUGGCUCAAGGCAAAUGGGAGGACGCAGAGGGAGCUUUGCAAGAGGCCCUGGAUAAAGACAACAACCACGCAGAAACCUUGGUCAAUUUAAUUGUCUUGUCCCAGCAUCUGGGGAAACCCCCUGAGGUUACCAAUCGCUACUUGUCACAGCUGAAGGACGCCCACAAGUCCCACCCGUUCAUCAAGGAAUACCAGGCCAAGGAAAAUGACUUUGACCGACUGGUGUUGCUUUACGCUCCGAGCGCCUGAAGCCAGGAGGCAGAGGCGUGGAUGCCCUCUCCCUUGCUGGGGGUGACGUGAGAUCUACCGGGCUCCCUUGUAAAUUGACUCCGCACAAUUCAGAUUUUUACUAGACAGGCAGCCCCCCCGGGGCACCACACGGCCUCCUGCAAAGCAGCGUGUCGCUCCUCUGUUCGGAUUAAGCUGGUUUUAGCGCGGGGCCGGGGUCGGCCUCUGUGCCAUUGUACCUGAAACAUUCGUCAAUAAAGACUUUUCUGCUUCCCUGUG